AUGUGGCAGGCCCUUCUUCUGUGCCACCUGCAAUGCAGAGACGGAAGCGUCGCCGGUCAGGUCAAUUACAAGGGCCGGGAGGAGGGGGAAGGGGAGGGGGAGGAGGAGGAGGAGGAGGAGGAGGAGGGGGAGGAGGGGAGGAGGAGGAGGAGGAUGAAGAAGAAGAAGAAGAAGAAGAAGAAGAAGAAGAAGAAGAGUCUAGACUGCUGA